AACAACAUCAAAACGUUUUACGCAAUAUAUUUCAAACAUCCAAACGAUCGUAUACUGUUUCAUGCUAAAAGAUCUGUUAAAUCCAUUGACAGUGAAACGAUAUUUCAUAUCAUUCCCACGCACACUGCGCGCAUUUCUGGUGCGCUCUUCAGUUCAGUGACAGUACUUCGGCGGACUGAACUGCCGAAGCGAAAGUUAAAAUUGACCAAUGGACAAACUCAUGUGAUCAUUUACGAGUUAAAAAUAUAUAAGAUCUUAUAUAUUGAUAUAAUUAAUUUUAUAACCGUAGAAUCUUAAUCCUGUUAAAAGUCAUUGUUAUAUUCUUAAAAUGUUAAUUUAAAUAUACAUAUUGAUUAAAGUAGUAAUUUUUAAUCUUAUAUACGAUAUAGGCAUAAGUUAUAUUUUAUUUAGUUAAAGUAUUUGCUUAAUGUGUACUUAAUGUGUCAUACCUUAACGUCAAAAUAAAGAAGUUAAUGAAGUUUAUGAGGUUAAGACAAUUGAAAAAUGUCGAAACCAAGAAGAAAGAAACCGUUUAGCGGUAAAGCGAAGAAACAGCAAUUGCAAACUAAGAAGCAACGACAAAGUUCGGCUUUACUCACAGGUGGAAGCCACAGCGGAUACAAGGAAGAUGACAUAAAUUAUUCUAGUGAUCUUGAAUAUAAUGCUAUACAAAGAAUUAAUAAACAGCCAAAAAAUGAUAAUUCUCUUAAAAACAGAUAUACUUUACAAUUCUUUCAAGACAGCAAAGAAGAAAUACUGAAACGAAAGAAACAAUCCAGAAGUGCCAUUGUACCUUUAUCUCUUAAAGAUCAAGAAGUUUCAAAUAAUUAUUUUCCACCUGAAAUUGAUAUGCCAAAAAGGCCACCGUGGGACUUUGAUAUGUCAAAAAAACAGUUAGAAUUGGCGGAACACAAGUAUUUUACUGAAUAUCUAAAAAACAUGGAAAAGUUAAAUACCAUCAGUUACUUUGAAUUAAAUUUAGAAACUUGGAGGCAGUUAUGGAGAGUUCUUGAGAUGUCUGAUAUUUUAUUAAUCAUUGUUGAUAUUAGAUAUACCGUUUUAAUGUUUCCUCCGUAUUUAUACGAGUAUAUAACGAAUGAACUUAAAAAAGACAUGAUUUUAGUAUUGAAUAAGGUUGAUUUAGCACCUCCAGCUUUAGUAAUAGCAUGGAAAGAGUAUUUCCAUACCAUAUACCCAAAGUUACAUAUUUUGAUGUUCACUUCGUAUCCCACUUAUAAUUUAUGUGGAAAUAAAAGCGAUACAGAGGGAAUGAAACAAAGGCGGAGAAAGGGAAAACUAAAAAUGGCUGCAGAAGGAGCCCAGAAAUUGUUGGAUAUUUGUAAAGAAAUUGUCGGAGAUAAUGUGGAUUUAACUUCUUGGCAAGAAAAGAUUCAAGAAGAAAUGCAGAUGGAAUUUGAUUUAGAUGACGCCGAUCAUAAGAGCAAUAUUACUGUAGAAAAAGAGGAUACAAGUUAUAUCAAGCACGAACGUUAUAAAAAUGGAGUUUUAUCCAUAGGAUGUAUCGGAACUCCAAAUGUUGGAAAAUCGUCCCUAAUGAAUGCAUUAAUGGGUAAAAAAGUUGUUAGCGUGUCACGUACACCGGGACAUACUAAACAUUUUCAAACUAUAUUUCUUACAAAAACCGUUUGCCUCUGUGACUGUCCAGGAUUAGUAUUUCCAUCUACAGUACCUAAGCAACUACAAAUAUUAAUGGGAUCUUUCCCAAUAGCACAAGUCAGCGAACCAUAUACAACAAUUAAAUUUCUAGCUGAGAGAAUAGAUUUACCAAAGAUACUUAAAUUGCAACAUCAAGAUAACGAUGAUACAUGGAGCGCUAUGGAUAUUUGCGAUAGUUGGGCUUCUAAACGAAAUUUCUUCACUGCACGAACUGCUAGAUACGAUUCUUAUAGGGCAGCUAAUUCGUUAUUAAGAAUGGCCCUUGAAGGGAAAAUUUGUAUAUACGUAUAUCCCCCAGAUUGGAGUCUUAAUAAAGAAAAGUUGGAGAAUCAUUCAGAAAUUGAACUAGUUAAAUGGAUUCAAGCUAAAAAUAAAGGGGAAGAUGUUAGCGAUACGAGAGGAAUCUACAUUUCGUCCGAAGAUGAAAAUGACGAACAGAAACUCUUAGAACAUGUAGAGAAAAUAUCACAAGAAACAUCCGAUAAUUCUGACGAUUCUAAUGAGACAACAAGCGAAGACUCAGAGAUAUCGCACGUAGUUAACAAAUUUGAAGCGCUGUCUAAAGAUAUAUCAGAAAUAAAUCCUUAGUUAAUCGAUAUCAUGAGCAUACGAAGCAAUAAAAUCUGCAAGCGACAUUUCUAAGCUCCCAAUAACUUUUUAACAGAAUAACCAGGUAUCGAGUAAAAGAACAAUAAUACGACUAUUAUUAAUGCAAUUGCUACUAUAGCUUUCAGAAUCGCCCAUUUGUAGUUGUGCCAUACUAUAUAUUUAACAGAUUUCAAAGGAUUCAAAAACCACAUGAAAGAUGCAUCUGGCCUGCUGAAAGAAAAGACAAACUAAUUAACGAUAUAGUUUUUUAAACGAACUAAUCGAGGUGCUGAUUAAUCAUCGAAUGUAUAUAUAUGUCGGAGUGUCAGUAGGAUCGGAGGUGUGGGCGUGUAAUGAAUCUUCACCAGUAUUAGCCAUUGUCAAGGUACGAUCAAGAGUUUAUAGCCACAAGUAUGGAGAUGUGAGAUUUGACAAAUAACUGCGGCGGUUAGGUACUCGCGAUGCUAAUGACAAUAGUCUUCGUCCGAUAACGAAUCCGCGGUCAACGGGACUCUUUUACUCUUUACUCGUUGGCAACGCCUAGGUGGUACUCUCAGUUAGCACGCGAAGUAAGGAUACUGUCGAAAAUGAUGCCUUAGUCGAUGAGAUCGUACUCGAAGCUCUCACGGUGACG